AUGGUUUUUACCUGGAUUUUGAUAUAUUUGGUAGCAGAAAAAAUCUGUUUAAUUGAUGGAAAAAAAGGCUUCGGUGAUGGCGAGCAAGAUUGGGGCUACAUAACAGUCCGACCAGGUGCUCAUAUGUUCUGGUGGCUUUAUUACGUUAAUCCACCUGGGCUUAAUUCUUCAACCAAUUUUAAUGUAUUCGAUAAGCCACUACUAAUCUGGCUCCAAGGAGGCCCUGGAUUGUCGUCAACCGGCCUUGGGACCUUCGAGGAACUGGGCCCACUUGACGUAAAUCUAAAUAAACGAAACUACACAUGGAUAAAUGAUUACAACAUAUUAUUCAUCGACAAUCCCGUGGGUGUGGGGUUCAGUUAUGUCGACUAUAACUAUAAUUAUGCUAAAGACACGACUGAGAUAGCCAAUGAUCUCAUUGAAUGCAUCAAAGAGUUUUUUGAAAAAAUUCCAAAGUUCAAAAAUGUGCCCACUUAUAUACUCGGGCAGUCUUACGGCGGAAAAAUGGCCGUUGAAUUUGCUCUUCUGUGGUACAAAGCUCAAGAAAGUGGAAUAAUUGAAAGUAAAUUAAGAGGAAUCGCGUUAGGAAACUCAUGGAUUUCUCCAAUGGACUCAGUACUUUCUUAUGCGCCAUAUUUACUUUACUCAGGAUUCAUAGAUACUCUAGAUUAUGGAAAAAUAAAACAAGUAGCUGAUUUAAUUAAAAAAGCUACGGAAAAUAACGAAUGGCUAAAAGCAUCUAAUCUAUUUACAUUUAUGCUGCAUACAAUAGACAGUAAUAUAGAUCUAUAUUAUAUCGUGAGAGAAAAAACGGACGGACAAAAUUCACCAGGUUAUACAACAUCUUUUGGCUACCGUGAUCCUCCACAAAAGUCUCCUUUGAAAUCCGCAUCAAAAAUUCAAAUCCACAUGAAUACUGACGUUAAGAAAGCAUUAAAUCUCAGCAGAACUUGGCUGUUUUGCUCGAUUCCAGUUAAAGACAAUUUACGGACUGAUUUAAUGAAACCCGUAACUCAUAUCGUUGAAAGAUUGCUGAAUGAAACAGACUUGAAAGUUUUUGUUUAUAAUGGCCAGUAUGAUUUUAUUGUACCGAUUUAUGGAACUGUUACGUGGGUCGAAAAUUUGAAAUGGUCUGGGACUGAAGGCUGGAAAAGUUUACGAAGGAAACCGUUUGUUGUGGAUAAUAUUGUUGAAGGUUUCGUUAAAGAGUACGGAAAAUUGAAAAUGUACUGGAUCAAUCGUGCUGGACACAUGGUACCAAAAUCUAAUCCAUAUGCAACAAGUGCUCUGCUUCAAGAAUUAACAUCAAACAAUUAA